AUGGGAGGUACUUCCCACACCGAGGUCGUGCAGGUGGUCUACGUACCGACCCUGAUCUCCGCUAAGGACCUGAUCACCAUCUUCUUCGCUAUCCACAGUCCGACCCAUGGAGGCAGCAAGCUGCAGUACCAGUCCGUGCUGUACUACUCAGGGGAGGACCAGCUGUCCGCCUUCAAGGAGGUCAGCAAAGCCCACGAGGAGAAGACCGGUCUGAAGGUGGUAACCAGGACUUCAAAGGAGAUGGAAUUCUACCAGGCGGAGGACAAACACGUCAACUUCUACAACAAGAACGGGCCUUCCGACUACUCCUGCAAGAGCAUCACCAACAAGAUCAACGGCCUCAAGAAAGAACUGCCGGGGCUGUUCUGA